CCUCCUCGAGCAAGUGUGUAUUGUUUGCUGGUCACUCUAUAAAAACGUAUAAAAUUCAGUUGAAAUUUUAGGAGCAAAAAAAAGCGAAUACGAUUUUAUUAGUGUUUUUUUAAUUAAAUAUUGAAAAUAAAUACCGUAAAAAUGAAACUAAUCAUCCUCGCUUUUGCCAUAUUCGCUUGCGUUGCUGCACAAUCAGUACCUGAUUCGGCUACACAGGGACCAAAUCCCCAGGAUAUUGCCACACCUGAGCCUGAAUAUAUCGACAUCGAUGAGCCCUUGCCAGCUGCAGCACCUGCACCAUUGCCUGCACAGUCACGCGCUAGUUUCGUUGCCGCUCCGCGACCAGUAGCACAACCCAUCCACUUUGCACCCGCACCACGUCCGGUGGCUCAUGCUUUCCCGAUUGCCGCACCAUCCUUUGUACGCGCUCCAACUCAAUCUUAUCUGCCACCCGGCAGUGGUCAAAUCUCCGGACACAUCUUCAAUCCACAAUCUGGUUAUCAAUACAGACAAGUGCGCAGACGUUACGUUCACCGUCGUCGUUAUUAAGCGGUUAACUUGUUUCUAACUUGUAUCUAUGUAAACUAUUCUAAUGUAUAUUGUUGACCUUAAGGAAGUUGAAGCGUGAAUGUGACGCGGCAGGAAGGAAGGAGGAAGGAUGUAAAUACAAUAAUGUGCAAAUUAUUAACAUUUAAGUUCAAAAUCUGUA